AUGGCGUUGUUUGAGAAAAAGAAGUCGACUAAGCUAAUGUUAGACGACACGGUACCGCUAACAGCUGUCAUAGAAGCUGCACAAAAUGUAGAGACACAUAUAGAUUAUGUGAUACGAGUACAACGAGGUCCUGUUCCAGAAAACUGCUGGCAGAUUCAUAGACGAUACAGUGACUUUGUUACGCUACAUGACAAUUUAAAACAGUCAGGGAUAAUGCUACCUCUCCCACCUAAGAAAGUCUUUGGGAAUAUGGAACGAGAGUUUGUUGCCGAGAGACAAAAAGCACUACAGCAAUAUCUAAAUAUUCUUUUAUCAUAUCAAAUUUUAUCAAACAGUCUACAUGUGAAGCAGUUUUUGGAUAUUAAUAAUUAUCCAAAUAAUUUCCAAGAAAUAGCUUUGCAACAUGUGUCAAUGUUCUUCAGAUCAGAACCAUAUUGGGAAGUGGUGGAACCACUCAAAGAAGUCGGAUGGAGAAUCAGAAAACACUAUUUUUUAAUAAAACCCAAAGAACAACCCAAAGUCCGUCAAGUACUGGCAUGGAGUGACCUUGGUCCUGACAAACAUUUAUCAGAUAAAGACAUCCAGUCAAUAUUCAAACUAUUGCCCACUCUACAGCAUCCUUUUAUCUAUCCAGUCACCUUUGCAACAGCUAGUGAUAGCGGUGCGCUUUCUAUCCGUUCAUUCCAUGCCACUGGAACUCUCCGGGACUUCCUAUGCAAGGCAAAGCCCAAAUAUAAUUAUCUAAAGAAGUAUGGUAAACCUAAGUCAUACACAGAGUUUAAUCUCAUGAAUAUUAAAACUUACGGACGUCAAAUACUUGAGGCCUUGAAGUUUUUACACAGUAAAGGAAUACCUUAUGGACAUUUACAUGCAAGUAACAUUAUGUUAGAAGGCAAUACAUGCAGAUUACUUGACAUAGAGAACAGCUUUAUCGGUCUACCUUCAUACUAUAGAUCAUACAUAGUGCAGUUUAGAAAAAUAAAUACAACCGAGUCUGUGGAUGCAUAUUGUUUUGGUCACCUAAUCUAUGAGAUGGUGUUUGGUGAAUCCUUGAAUGCACCGACCAAAGAUGAUUUCCCUUCACACCUUCCUCCUCCCAUCAAGGCAUUAUUGGAAUGUCUAUUGACGACUGAGUCUUGUAAAACAGGAUUGCCUACCAUUGAUGACCUCUUAUCUGAUCCGUUGUUCAGUGACAUUCCUGUUGGUAACAGUGAAUUCAAGCCACAAUUGAAAAUACCAGCAAGUUGAAAGAUCUAUUAAAACAUGUAAAGAC